AUGGCACUCGUAGCUCCGAAAGCACUUCAAGGAUUGUAUCUUUUCUGUGAACCUCUUGCUGAAGGGUCGUUUGGCGUUCUUUACAUAGCAAUACAUGCAGUAACACGUCAGAAAGUCGCGAUUAAAAUACUAGACAAAAGAAAGCUUGGGCCCGAUGCAUAUCGUGUACGAUGUGAAAUAGAAGCUCUUAAACAAUUGAACCACAAAUAUAUUUAUAAACUCUAUCAAGUUGUCGAGACACAAACACACUUCUACUUGGUCCUGGAGUAUCUUCCAGGUGGAGAGCUGUUCGAUUACAUCCUACAGAAGGAACAUUUGUCUGAGGUCGAAGCUCGGGUCAUAUUUCGACAGAUCGUCUCAGCUAUUGGAUAUAUACAUACUAAAGGUUUCGCUCAUCGUGAUCUGAAGCCGGAAAAUAUAUUGCUAGACAAUGAUCAGAAUGUAAGGAUAAUCGAUUUCGGUCUUUGUGCUAAAGGUAAUAAUCUGUCAAUGUUGAAUACUUUCUGUGGCUCUUUCGCAUACGUUGCACCAGAGGUGCUGGCGAACAAGGAGUAUUCUGGGAGUGCUGCUGAUAUUUGGUCAAUGGGUGUAAUUCUGUAUGCACUGCUAUGUGGUCGCCUACCAUUUGACCCUACCAAACCCGAAGAACUUCAACAAACAGUUGGUAAAGGUUUAUUUGCAGUUCCUGAUGGUCUAAGCAAAACUAGUCGACAUCUCCUUAAUCAAAUGAUAUGUGUCGACCCGAAAAAGCGUAUAAAAAUGGACGACCUUCGACGUCAUCCAUGGGUCGUUGAAGGUUUUAUGGGUCAUCCUGUGGAUUUAGAUGAAGAGAAAAUCCCGAUGUCGCCACUGAACAUGCAGAUUGUUGCUGAAAUAACUGCCUAUACUCGGAUUCCUAAAGUGGAGCUGGCUAGAAUGUUACAAAAGCGUCCAUAUGAUUAUAUAAUGGCUACUUAUAUGAUUAUGGAGUCAGUUUUAGAAGAAGAAGAUGUUUUCAUUCGACUACAACGUCGUAGUAAUGGACUGCCGUCGAAUAAUCCACUGCCACCAUCUCGACGACAUUACACCCUAUCUUGUCGUCAAUUUCAAAGUGAUAAAAUUUCAGGCCCAGCUCCUACAAGUACUCCAUUACAUUGUGGUGGUGGUGGCGUUAGCGGUGCUGGUGGGCCUAUGAUUCAAUCAUCUGUGCCAAGUGUACCAUUGCAUGUUCGAUCGAAUAAUAACAAUAAUAAUAAUUCAAUACAUGCUGCUUAUAUUGAUGAAUCAAGCAAUUCUGAUCUACUUACUGAAGAAUCUGGUCAAAUCGAUAAAAACGCGAAGUUGAACAAUACCUCUUUGUCGCCGUCAAAGCACAGCAUAUUCACUUCUCAGAAUAACAAUAAACACCGGAAUAUGCCUACAAAAGACGAUAUUGAAAAUUUUCCACCCCAUUCACUUUAUCGUGAUCCAUCAGUUUCAAUUAAUCGGAAAAUCCAACCAGUUCGAAGUAAAAUAAUGGAGCAUCCGGGUAUGUCUCCAAGUCGAUCAAUCGACUCACAGCUGAUCAAUUUAACAAAUGAGUUUCAUAAUACACAAUUGACGGAUAGACGACAUCCUAUAUCCGUCAGUGAGACAACAAGUGAAGACAAUCUGUCAGUAGUAGCCUAUGCGUCAGGAUCAUCGAAACUAAAACAUGAGGUAUCAUCGCUUCAUUCAAGCCCUGGUGCUGUCAUCGGUGGUGAUGACUACUCACAGUCUCAAAGUUCAGCUGAUGAAUAUGCUGGUGGUGGUACUAGUACGACUUCUGGUGCUGGCACUAGCACUGGCGCCAGUGCUGAAGUUAGCGGUUGGCGUAAUUUCGGACGUCUACGUAAAGCGCUAACACCGAAGAAAGUUGUACCAGAUGGUCGAUUGGUUGUUGAUCGACUGAGAAAAACCCGUCAUUUGAAUAAUGUUUUAAUUGUUCGAAAUGAUUUAAGUCCUGGCCAGGUAUUUGAUCGAAUUACUGCAGCUUUAAAACAACACUUGAUACGUUUUACACUAAAGGGGUCUGGUUUUCAGUGUGUCUUUGCCAAUGAUUGGGGGAAAACAGUUCUAUCCUUUGAACUAGAAUUAGUCUAUGUCUCAGCUCGAGCAGUAGAAGCUUCAGUUCGACGUCGUAUGACGCUGAGAUCUUCAUCCCCUGGUGGUGGAAUGUCUUCUGUUCAUUCCUCCAAUAAUAAUAAUACUUCUAUGAAUCCAUCCUGCGGAAUAAACACGAAUACAUCUACCACGUCGAAAGGUUCUGCGUCAACACGUGGAGCAGCAGCUAAUUCUCGUGAUCGACAUGAUCGUAUACUUGGUAUAAAAAUGAAGCGUACUCAUGGUGAUUCAUUCAUGUAUACAAGUUUAUGUCGUACAGUUCUUGAGUCCGCUGAUAUCCGAUUGGAUAUUUGA